GGAUUCCAUGGCAUCGACACGAGUAGCACCCACCAACGGCAGUGCGUUCAAGAGCGACGAGCCAGUGGGCAUUCGAUGCGACGUGGAGAUCCAGCUGGCCGUUACCGGCCCUGGCCAAAGCGGCACGGGCAAGAACGUGAGCUCCACGACGCUGCGAAGCGUCGUCUUGUGCAAGCGCAAGGGCGGGCUGCAAGUGUUGCGCCAGGAUUACAAGGCAGCCAUCCGAACCCUCGGCGUGGAAGUGUUCUUUGGGCAAGUGGCCAACGGCAAGCUCACGUUUAUUCGACGGGAGUUCCAAAAGUAUACUCAGUACAACUUUUUCAACGGAAGCCCCCGCGAUAUGGUCGAGCUGAAGGACUUUGCAUUGAGCCAAGGCGGCAUCGCCAAAUCGAAAGCCAUCUCCACCACCCACAGGUCGGAUGAGUUGAUUCCGCAAGCCAAAGCGAAGAGAACCACGAUCAUCGACAAACCAGUGGCAAAGAAGGCACGCACUACAGCCACUUCCACGAACUAUGCUCCAUCGUCGUCCCCAAUGCUCCCAGAACCUGAGCGCAAACUUACCAUGAAACAAGCCCAAGUUCUGCAGGCCAUUCAAAAGAAGGAAAACGUGUUUUUCACAGGACGUGCGGGCACGGGCAAGUCGUUUCUGCUCGGUCACAUCCGACGCGCCAUGCCCAAGCAAGGUCUGUUCCUGACUGCGACCACGGGCAUCGCCGCCUUCAACAUCAAUGGCAUGACGUUGCAUCACUUUGCUGGGUUGCCUCAAGUCGACACGUUCGAUGUGACCAUGUUGAUGGCGGCUGUGCAGCGCAACCGCCAAGCGCUUAUUCGGUGGCGCGAUGCAGUGCUGCUGGUGAUCGACGAAGUGUCCAUGCUUGAUGGUCAAAUGUUUGACGCCUUGGAAACGAUUGCGCGCAUCGUGCGGCAGUCCAAGCUCUUCUUUGGCGGCAUUCAGUUGGUCCUCUCGGGGGAUUUUUACCAACUGCCUCCUGUGACAAAGGGCGAGCCAACGUUCUGCUUUGAGUCACAAGCGUGGCAACGAGGCAUCAACACGUCCAUUUGCCUCGACCAAGUGUUUCGUCAGUCGGAUGACCCCGAGUUUGUCGCGAUGCUCAACGCCAUCCGAGUGGGCACGCACACAUCGGCCAUGAUCAAGACCAUCAAUGCUCGAUGCGUCGACCGUCGUCGGCAUUCGGCAUCGAAUGAGGCGAUUCAUAUCUUUUCGCAUAACGCCGAAGUGUUGGCGAUGAACAAUGCGCGUUUAGAGCACCUCGACGGAGACAUCCAUGACUUUUUUGCGAUUGACACAGGCGACAAGGGUUUGCUCAAAGGAUCUCCCAUCCCCGUCCGCAUCCAGCUCAAGCAGGGCGCCCGCGUGAUGCUGACCAAAAACUUGUCCGUUGCAGCGGGCCUUGUGAACGGGUCGCGCGGCGAGGUGGUCGGGUUUGCCUCGGGCACGAACCUGCCCAUCGUUCGUUUUGACCACGGGGUCACCCAUCCCAUCCUCAAGGAAGGCUUCAGCGUCGUGGCCAACCACACAGUUGUGGCGAAUCGUCAGCAGUUGCCACUGACACUGGCGUACGCCAUCAGCAUCCACAAGAGUCAAGGGCUAACAUUUGACAACGCAGUGCUGCACCUCGGCAAAGUGUUUGAGUAUGGACAAGCGUACGUGGCACUCUCUCGGCUGUCGUCCCUUGCAGGACUGACGCUGGCGUCGCCGCUAUCGCAUCAAACCAUUCGCGUGCAUCCUCGGUUGCUUGUGACCGACGAAACGUUCUGCACCAUCAACCAAGACUGCGCCGUAGCUACAGUAGCUAGUACCUCUACAACGCCAUAAUCAAAGUACUACCCUCUCGUUCGUUGGCC